AUGUCGUCGCGCCCGUCGCGCUUGUCGCGGCUGCUCCACUGGCCCCGCAGCCGAUCAUCGUCAACGGCACCCCACACCACUCCACAGUCUGACGAAACUCCCGGAACAUCCACGCCGGAAGCCAGCACAACCUCCGCUGCGCCUGUCGCAGUCUCUGACCCCUGUCCCCAGGGCUUGGAGAUCGUCACGGAGGGCAUCAACCCCACAGUCGACAUCGUCGCCGUCCAUGGCCUCAACGGCCACCGCGACAAGACCUGGACCGCGAGCAAUGGCGUCCACUGGCUCCGCGAUCUCCUACCACACGACAUCCCCCACGCCCGCAUCUUCUGCUGGGGCUACGAUGCCAACACCCAUGCCAGCUCCCGAGUCAGCUGCCAAUACCUCUACGACCAUGCGCGGACGCUCAUAUCCGACCUGUGUAGGAAGCGGAAGCUGUCCGAUUCAAUAGAGCGUCCGAUCAUCUUCGUGGCGCACAGUUUGGGCGGCAUUGUCGUGAAGAGCGCUCUUAUUCAUUCGGAUGCCGCUCGACGCGGUGCUCUGGAAGAGCACCGUUCCAUCAAGACCUCCACCUAUGGAGUCGUCUUCAUGGGCACGCCGCACCAGGGCGGUAACGGCGUCGAACUUGGGAGGCUCUUGGUGAAUGUGGCAUCCCUAUUCGUGGCUGCGGAUGACCGGAUCCUGAGGCACCUCGAACGGGACUCGGAGUGGCUUCAGCAGCAGCUGGGCCAGUACGGGCCGAUCAGCGGCGAUUUUGUGACCAAGUUUGCGUACGAACAAUACGAGACUCCGACGGCCUUUGGCCGCUCUAUCAUGGUUGUACCCCGCGCGUCCGCCGUGGUACCGGGCCAGGCGGACGCCGAACCGAUUGUCAUACACGCGGACCACACCAACAUGGUCAGGUACACGUCACAAGGGGACAGUGGGUACAAUAUUGUAUCGGAACACCUCCGGAUCAUGGCACGUGCUGCCCCCGAAGAGGUUCGGCGGCGCUGGGAGGCGGAGAAGAGGGCGGACAAGGCGCGUCUUGGUACUUCCGACGCGGCAUUUGCAAUCGGCUUCAGCCUGUCCGAAAUCAGUGAGGUCCACCACUUCGUCGCAAGGGAGGAAGAGCUUGCCAGGAUUUACAAGGGGCUUGGCGAAGGCACCGGCAAACGGGUCGCCGUAGUACACGGACUGGGGGGCAUGGGCAAGACCCAGCUGGCUGUGGCAUACACCAAACGGCACCGGGAAGACUACUCAGCCGUGUUCUGGCUAAACGCCAGAGACGAGACCUCGCUGAAGCAGGCAUUCGCGAGAGUCGCCGACCGUAUUUUACGCGAACACCCGUCGGUCGUGUACGUGAGGGAUGCGGUCGAGAGCCGCGACCUCAACCAAGCAGUGCAGGCUGUCAAACGGUGGCUCGACAACAGUAAGAACGACCGCUGGUUGGUCAUCUAUGACAAUUAUGACAAUCCAAGGCUAGGCGGAGGUGGAAACGGCGGGCCGAACGAAGGGCGGGAUGGAGGAAUGGAGGGCGAUGGAGGUGCAAAUGCCGACAAGGGGUACGAUAUCCGGCCGUUUCUCCCCGACGCCCAUCACGGCGCUAUCCUCAUCACGACGCGGUCGUCCAGAGUCACGGUCGGCCAUCGUAUCCCGCUUGGGAAGCUGAAGGACCUUGAAGACAGCCUUGAAAUUCUGGCUCACUCCUCGAACAGACACGAUUUACGCAAUGAUACCGCUGCCGUUCAACUUGCGCAGGAACUCGACGGACUCCCGCUCGCCCUCUCUACCGCCGGCGCCUAUCUCGAUAACGUGGCGACGACUUUUGCCGAAUACCUCGAGAUAUACCGAAAGUCGUGGCUUCGCCUGCAGAAGACUACUCCAGGGCUCAUCUCGUAUGAAGAUCGGGCGCUGUACUCUACAUGGGACAUCUCGUACGCGCAGGUAGAGCAGCAGAACGUGACGUCGGCGAUGCUACUGCGGCUGUGGGCGUACUUCGGCAACGAGGAUCUGUGGUUUGAGCUGCUGCGCGGGGGCCACUCGAGCGGCCCGCCAUGGUUUCGAGAACUGACGGAGGACGCGCUCGGAUUUACCGAGGCGGUUCGAGUGCUGUGCGACUACGGGCUGGUCGAGGCGGACACGCCGGCGAAUGAACGGGGGACCGAGUCGCGUGGGUACGGCAUGCAUGGCUGUGUACACUCGUGGACGGUUCACGUGCUAAAUGAAGUGAGGGAUGUCGAAAUGGCGCAGCUGGUGAUGAGGUGCGUGGGGCUACAUGUGCCGCCGGCCACGGAGCGCGGGUACUGGGUGGUACAACGGCGGUUGAUGCAACAUGCUGAUCGUUGUCUGAAGAUGGUGAUGGACGGGGUAUGUACUGUGGAAGGGGAAGAGUGGAUUCUUCAUAGCCUAGGAAACCUCUAUAUGGAUCGGGGCCGGCUUAGCGACGCCGAGGCCGUGUACGAGCGGGCACUCCGAGGCUGGGAGAAGGGGCUAGGACCGGAACAUACGUCGACGCUAGACACGGUCAACAAUCUCGGCAACCUCUAUAAGGAUCAGGGCCGGCUUAGCGACGCCGAGGCCAUGUACGAGCGGGCACUCCAAGGUAAGGAGAAGGCGCUGGGACCGGAACAUACGUCGACGCUAGACACAGUCAACAAUCUCGGCAACCUCUAUAAGGAUCAGGGCCGGCUUAGCGACGCCGAGGCUAUGUACGAGCGGGCACUCCAAGGCUACGAGAAGGCGCUGGAACCGGAACACACGUCGACGCUUUCUACGGUCAACAAUCUCGGCCUUCUCUAUAAGGAUCAAGGCCGGCUCAGCGACGCCGAGGCUAUGUACGAGCGGGCACUCCGAGGUAAGGAGAAGGCGCUGGGACUGGAUCAUAUGUCGACGCUUUCCACGGUUAACAAUCUCGGCAAUCUCUAUAUGAAUCAGGGCCGGCUUAGCGACGCCGAGGCCAUAUACAAGCGGGUACUCCAAGGCUACGAGAAGGCGCUGGGACUGGGACAUAAGUCGACGCUAGACACGGUCAACGAUCUCGGCAACCUCUAUAAGAAUCAGGGCCGGCUUAGCGACGCCGAGGCCAUGUACGAGCGGGCACUCCGAGGUAAGGAGAAGGCGCUGGGACCGGAUCAUACGUCGACGCUAGACACGGUCAACAAUCUCGGCAACCUCUAUAUGAAUCAGGGCCGGCUUAGCGACGCCGAGGCUAUGUACGAGCGGGCAAUCCGAGGCUACGAGAAGGUGCUUGGUCAUGAUGUUAAUUUUCAUCCUCCGGCCCUCAAUACGAUCCAGAACCUCGCCAUUCUAUAUACUCAGUUACGCAACAUCUUUGAAGCUAGGGUGUUGUAUGUGCGUUGUCAGGCUGGAGUCAAGGCUGUGUUUGGCGUCCAGCACGAACGAUACCAGAAGGUAAGUAGGGAACUGGCGUUAUUAGAUGACUUUGAUCAAUAG